AUGUGCGAAAAUAAAGCAGCACUUACUUGGCCCAGUGCCUGCCCGAUUUUCGCAUCUACUGAACUCACAGUGGAAGCGCUCACUGAUCUACUUCAGAAACGCCGCUUCCCAACACUUGGCUCUCGUUCUACCGAAAACUCCGACGCUGAUCUGUCAGAAUCGAAGUGUGUCUUCAGCAGUCUGAUAUCUCAACUCACCUCGUGGCUCGUGGUUGGCGACGUCUCGCCAGUCCUGUUUUGUCGCCUCGUUGAGGGAGUCGUCCGAGGAAAUAUGGCACUCUUCGAAGAGGAUGCCUUCAAGUCGCUUCUGCGUGCUGUUCUCGGUGUCGCGGCGGACGCCUCCUCUUCCUCUGUGGAGCUUCGUCAGGCCUCCGCUGCGGCCAUCGCCUGUCUGCUGUACCUGCACUCGGUGGACUAUAAGGCGGCGCUGGGAGCGCGCCAACGGCCCCUCCUGCACACCACCAAGCACUCCGACCUUCUUCUCUCCGGUGGAGAUAGGCAGCUAGCUGAGGAGACACUUGAUUGCCUGAUAAAACUCCUCGAGGAUGCAAAUGACGACCCAAUUACGGAGCUCUCGUGUGUUCACGCGCUGAUGCAGCUGCUGUGUCACCGUAAAUUCCGUGUUGUCGGCUCCAGAGAUCACCAGCCAAUCCUGGAACGCCUACGCGUCGUCAAGGUAACCACGGCACUGUGGGUCUCCGUGUGCUCCGUGAGGAAGCCACAGCCGCCGCCAGCCGGCAGACAGGCCGACAACGCUCCUUACUUCUCGUCUAGCGGCUUCUCGAGCAGUGGGGAGACCAGCGACGUGGGAGGGGGCGAUUGUGGACCGCCUGACCCCGACGCCGGGGCAGGUUCCCGGGUUUCACAGAAUCAAAAAAAGACGCGUCUCUUGGCCACAUUCUGUCUUCGGCAUCUACUGGCGACAUCGAAGAAAAUCUGCCAGGAGGUGUGGCCCAUCCUCAUGCCCGAACCUGCUGUGCCUUCUUCUCCAUCCGCCCGAGCAGGAAAAAGGGCCUUUCAACCCGACCUCGUGACUAUCAUCCUCAAGGAAGGCGAUUACAAACUGCGCGAGAUAUUCAUCAUCAUGCUGUGGACUCUGCUAAAUAGCAUGGACAAACGCUUUUCGGUUGCAGAGGAGCUAUCCACCUGGCAAUCCGCCUCGUUCAUUCCCUACUCUGUCAAACUUGCCGCGGAACUGCGUUCCCUACACCGCAGGCUGGCCUGGGCUUUGCUUUCAGAAAAGUCUCACCGUCAUCAGUUGGCUCUCCUGAAGGUGAUAAACGCCUUGGUAACCACCACACCCUACCAUCGCCUGCGUCCUGGUCUGCUCUCGGACUUGGUGCCAACCCUCAACACCGUCUUCUUUCGGCCGUCCGACGAGCCCUCAAAAACCGCCCUCGUCAAGGCAAGCAUUCUCAACAUCUGGAGCACCAUCCUGUCAAAACCCACCAUUCUGGAGAUACACCAACUGCUCAUUGCGAAACCGUCCAAAUCGAUGUCGUCUUCGAAGGUGUUUGAGCACUGGAAAGACUCCAAGCCAGAUGCCCCCGCGGACGUGGUGUCUGGCCUGUGCCUCCGCCUGAUCCACCCGAAGGUGGCCGACCUCGCGUGGGACGCCGGGACGGCCGACUCGAACGGUCCCGCGGCCGCGUCGCCCCGCGAGGCCCCCCAGCCCAACGCCCUCCGCGUCCAGGCCAUCUCCACGCUGCGAGCCUUCGUCGCCGUUUACUACGACUGCCUCCGGCCCAGCAUGCAUUUGCUCAAAAGAACUAUUCACUUGUGCCUGCAGCCCGACAUGGAAGAGAACAAGCCGUUGCGCACAGACGUCUUCCGCCUCUGCGACGCUCUUAUCUCGAAGGUCUUCGAAAGCCUGAUCACAGAUUUGCACUCUCGACUCCCUGCCCCUCAAGGCGUUGAACUAUCAUCUAAAGGUGACGACGUGAAGUUGAGCAGCGACUGCGACAGCUCGCUCAAAACCAACGUCGCUUGGUGGACGGACAUCAUAGCCGUCAUCCUCGAUAACACAACGGAGAUCAUCAUGAUGUAA